GCCCAGGCGUCACAUCGGGGUGGGGCUCUGCUUGUGUUGAUGCUGCUGGGUGUGAAUGCUCCUCUAUCUCAUCCAUUUCCGGUCGGAAAAUAAACACAUCUUAAAUUCACCACUUUAUUGAAGGACAUAUCUUUAAUUUUUGCUGUGUUUUGUGCUUGAGCUCCUCUCUCGACAUGGGGAACUGUCUGACUGUGGGGCCAAACGAAGCGCUGGUGGUCUCAGGCGGCUGCUGCGGGUCCGAUACGAAGAGCUACAUCGUCGGAGGCUGGGCGUGGGCUUGGUGGCUCGUCACUAAUUCUCAAAGGUUGAGUCUGGAGAUCAUGACCCUGCAGCCGCGGUGCGAAGACGUGGAGACAGCAGAGGGCGUGGCCAUCACUGUGACGGGCGUCGCCCAGGUGAAGGUCAUGACGGACCACGACCUGCUGGCGGUGGCCUGUGAGCAGUUUCUGGGCAAAUCCAUCAGAGACAUCAAGGCUGUGCUGCUGCAGACGCUGGAGGGACACCUGCGCUCCAUUUUAGGCACGUUGACGGUGGAGCAGAUCUACCAGGACCGGGACCAGUUUGCCAAACUGGUGCGAGACGUGGCGGCUCCCGACGUGGGCCGGAUGGGCAUCGAGAUCCUCAGCUUCACCAUCAAGGAUGUUUACGAUAAGUUGGACUACCUGAGCUCGUUGGGGAAGACGCAGAUCGCCGCCGUGCAGCGGGACGCCGACAUCGGCGUGGCCGAAGCAGAGAGGGAUGCUGGGAUACGGGAGGCCGAAUGCAAGAAGGAGAUGAUGGACGUGAAGUUUCUGGCCGACACCAAAAUGGCCGACUCCAAGCGAGAGCUGGAGCUGCAGAAAGCUGCGUUCAACCAGGAAGUCAACACCAAGAAAGCCGAGUCCCAGCUGGCCUACGAGCUCCAGGCCGCCAAGGAGCAGCAGAAGAUCCGGCUGGAGGAAAUCGAGAUCCAGGUGGUGCAGCGGAAGAAGGAGAUCACCAUCGAGGAGAAGGAGAUCGACCGGACGGAGAAGGAGCUCAUCGCCACGGUGAAGCGGCCGGCGGAGGCGCAGGCCUACAGCAUGCAGCAGCUGGCCGAGGGGCAGAAGAUGAAGACGGUGCUGAUCGCCCAGGCCGAGGCGGAGAAGAUCAAGCGGAUCGGAGAGGCCGAGGCGUCGUCCAUCGGCGCCGUGGGGAAAGCCGAGGCGGAGAAGAUGAGGCUGAAGGCCGAAGCCUACCAGCAGUACGGAGAGGCGGCCAAGACGGCGCUGGUCCUGGAAGCUCUGCCCAAGAUCACUUCUAAGGUGGCGGCGCCUUUAGCCAAAACCAAUGAGAUCGUCAUCCUCAGCGGCGAAGGCAGCCGCGUGACGGGCGAAGUGAACCGCCUGCUGGCUGAGCUCCCUGUGUCCGUCAACGCGCUCACCGGAGUGGAUCUGACUAAGAUCCCGUUGCUGCAGAAGAUGGCGUCUGCUGAAGCCUGAGCGCGGCCCGGUCCGGGUGCACCACUGACUGCCUUGAACACGUGGAGGCGCGUUGUUCUCCGCGGCUCCUCUGCGUACCGGGAGGAUUCUGGAAACCUCUGGUGCCUUACUUCACGCAGGACCAGAACAUCUGCAUGCACUGCUCAUCGUCUUGAAACGUGGGAAUAUUUUGCUAUCCGUACUUAUUUAUUCAGAUGUUUGGGGCUGUAUGUGUGUUAUUUAAAAAAGGAGAGCUGAAGGUAGACGACCUGCUGAUUCUGAUCCGCAUUAUAUGCAUCAAACUUUUUAAUGUGACAUAUUUAAUUUGCUGUUUAUUCCUUCGUCUUUUUGAUAAGAAUAAGCUACUGUGUUGGGUCUGUUCCAGGGAUUUUUGUUUAUUUAUAUACCUCUCUCAUGGGAGACACUUGUGUUCUGUAGAUAAUCAGAUAUAUAAAUAUAUACAUAUAUUUUUAGUUUUGUGUAAAAGUGAUUUUAGUUGUCAGUUUUAUUAACUAAAUGCUUUAACAGGUCAUUUUCUUUUUGUAACAAAGGUGCUUGUAAUCUAAAACGGUUGUUUUGGUCGACAAUUGAAAUGAUUUUUUUUCCCCUCUGAAAACUUUAUUGAUAUAAAACAUUUUUGCAGGAAAAUAAAACGGGUAGAAAAAAAAAAUCCUCUUUAUACGUAAACACUGUUAGCUUGUAGUGGUUAGCUGCGGUUUUAAUGGGAAAUGAUGCAAACUAAAGAACAUUUAGUGAGGAAUUGAAAAGCUCCUAAUGGCUUUGAGUUACUUCUGUAGGAGAAAUGUUGAUAGAUUUGAAUAUAAAAACAUAAUGUGUCGGUUUAAAUCUCAUAGUUUCCUGCAGAUGCAAAGCCAUGUUUAUUAGUUUGUUUUAGAGAAAAGCACUUUGUUUGGUGGUUCAUAUCUCGGCUGAUUUAUUUGACUCUUAUGAAAUAUCAGUCUUUUACCUCCUGGUACUGUUGAUCAUGCCACGCUAACGUCAUCAUGCUUCGCUUUAGCUCCGCUCUGCUGUUCAGAAUCCGUCCGUUUGGGAACUGAACGCCGAUCCAGACUCGACAUCAGGCAGAAAAAACGACAGCGGCAGCUGGUGUAGAAAACUGAUGUGCACUGUGUCUCUGAAGAAGCCAUGAGCUCCAAAAUGUUUUCGUUAUUGGCAUGUCAUCCAUCUGUAUGUGCUCGCUCUUAACCGCCAUUUUAAUAAAUCUGACUGCUGUAACUAU